AUGUGGGAGUACAACCCAACUGCCGGUGCUCGAGUCUAUUCCGCAAUUCUGCUCAUAUUUGACCUCAUCAUGAUCUUUGUGCAGUGGACCUAUUUUGUAUUUGAGGGCAUCUACCUACUCUUCAAGCCACCGGAAGAAAAAUCUGUGGUGGGGGAGAUUGUCCUGAUAACAGGAACUGAUCAUGGGAUUGGCAGGGAAAUGGCACUCCAAUAUUCAGCACUGGGAGCCACAGUUGUCUGCUGGGACAUCAAUGAGGAGGGAAAUAAGGAAACUGUGAAAGAAAUUUGCUCCCGUAAAGGAAAAGCCCAUGCAUUUGUGUGUGACGUCUCGAAGUGUGAGGAGAUCAUUGAGGUGGCCAAGAAGGUUAAAGCGGAAGUCGGAAUUGUGAUACGAUUUAAGUGGACCAAGGAGACCAAGGGUGAAUGGGAGACAAAAAGAAUCCCACACUAA